GAAGAUGACCCGUCCCUUGCUGCCACGUUUCGCCCUGGACAGCACCAGCCCCAGUGGCAGUGCCCUCUUGAUUUUCCAGGAAGUUAAAGGCCCAGAAAGUCAACAUUUAAAGCGGGCAUUCCGGCGUACGAAGACGGACGAACUUGCAACCAGCAAGGGAGAUACUGGGGUCUCUGCUCGCGGGGUCACAAUGGUUAUCAAGUCAUCCUCCUCACUACCUUCAACGCAUGGCUAUAGUACCGCAUGAUGAUCAGCAACCCACGCCUGAAACCGCAAGCCACAGCGCAAAUCUCUCAGAAGCCAAGUACAUGCCCUGCGAUCUUCACUCUAAACCAUUUGCAGUGUUCAAGGAUCCCACUCCAGAACUGCACUCAAAAGUAACCCCUUUUCCAAUCUCCCAGUCUUCAGCAGGAAUCCACUAGACGAAAAACCUGGCAGUUCGAUCGUCCCAUCCGCGGAAGGUCAACAUUUUCGCGGUCGCACCCCGGCUACGUUCUAAUUUUGCUUUCCUUCUGCCAUCCAAACGAAUCUCAUCGUCUCUUCUGUUCGUUGGCAGCUGGUGAGUUCAACCCGCGGUGGGAGUGAAGAGAAGAGAAAGGAAGGGGCGCAAGUCAGUCAAUGUCCCGAACAACAGGAGCGGAAAGAAGACACAACAAAUUUUGCCAUGUAUGCUGGGAACUGAGGUAGGAGAGAAAGGAAAUAUAACUCAAAUUGCUAGACUGCUAAAGGUUCUCCGGACGGUAAUGUACAUACACAAAACUCCGUUGCGCUUGCACAAUAAGGAAAAGUCCGGUUUUGUUAUGUCAGGUGUAAUAAUCACAGCCAGGGAUUGAACAACGCCGCCAUGGGGAUCAACUGGAGUUGCGUGUCCCCUAAGAGAAGUAAUGAAGAUCCAAGCCAGAAAAGCGGGGAAGAAA